UCGUGUUUUAAAAACCCAGCUUUUUAGCAUUAUUUUAGACGGAACAAAGUUUUCGUGUAAAAUACCAGUAAAUUGCCUUGUGAUURGAUAAACCCAAUACAUACAAUGAGAGCGCAGCGCUCGGCAUCGGCGGCAACAUCGAUCUGUAUAUUAUUAAUAUUGCUUUUUGUCGCGUUCUUGCCACGAAAUGUCAAAGCACAAGCGAGUAAGGUUUCUCCGAAAUUGGAUUUUGACGAAGCGGAAAAUAAAAACAGCUCAGAUGUGCCAGUAGURCCUGGCACGGGACAAGGCGGCAGAGUGGAUGACAAUCAAAAUAGAAGUGGGAAAGAACWGGGUGGAGGGGGCAUUGAUGUAGCCACAAAUGCCAACAAUGGCGGCAGCAGUGGAAAUGGUAAAUCUGGUCCAAAAAUUCAUGGUGUGCGAGUGACUGUCGAUACAGGUGCCACACGAAAGUCGAAAGAGAACACAGAGAGCGUGGAAAUAACUGAAGUGGGAAAGCACAAGAAGCGUGUCGGCAUACAUACGGAUAUAACAUUUGAAAUAUCGACCGAUGGAGAMAGUGACAGCAAUGCGACAAGUGCAACGCAAGAUGGCGAUAAAGAGGAUGCUAGUGUGCCCAUUUUUAAAGGACGGAGUCGUCCAACGCAAAAGACGCGAAAGCCGUACGAUAUAGAUAAAAACCAAUGGAAUCCUAAUUUCUCUUCGGAGCGACGUAGCUACGAAGGUGGAAGUCAUGCGACAGGCCCAGCUUACUACUACCCACAAUACUACCCAAAUAAUGUGCCCGUUUACGUAGCCACUGGCGAUGGUCGUGGAGGCGGUAGUGGUACGGGAUACAGGCGACGAGAUGGCUGGAAUAGUUAUGUGCCCUCUUCCAGCAUUUGGACGACUGAACGUAGUUACAGCGAGCAAUAUAGACCUAACACAGUGGCUAGUCAUAGGACGCCUAGUUGGAAACCCUGCUACUGCAUGACCUCUGCUGUGGAUAAUCGAAGGCGUCGAGAGAAUACGCAUGUAAUGAAAGAAGCUCCACAACCUACAAAUACAGUCCUUAACGUUGUAGAUGCGAAAUUGGCGAAACCCUUUUCAAACAAUUAAUUGUAUACUAUAACUUUCGAAA